AUGGAAGUUUACUUUCACUCACCAUCGAUUGAAACUAACGGUGCUAUCGCUUCUGCUACAACAAAGGAGCACUCAAAGCCAGCAUCAACCAUUGAUGGGACUCCCAAUAUGGCUACAGCUGAACCUACAAAGUUGAUGAAAACAUCCCGUUCCAAUAAUCGUAGUGCAUGGAAGACAUCACUUACACGCAUGAUUGAUUCACAAAGACGAAUUGCACCCACUACUACUACCUCCAACAACAACAAUGAUCAUGAGCCAUUAAAAAAGCAACCUAUCAGCCAGAUGAUGAAACAACGAGCUCUUUAUUACUUGGAAAAGAAACCAUGGGCAACAACAACAACAACAACGGCGACAGAGGAUGCACCAGCCCCUGCUGUUGAAUCCUCAACAUUGGAUACAUCAGUGACCAAACAGCAGCAACAACAUCAUGGGCAACAACAGCUACGUAAUGCAAUGGCAUGGUUAGGGCGAUCCUUUCAACGCCUACACACUGCACAAAAAUCUAAAGAGCUUUUGCGAGCUGCAUUUAAGAGGAAUCUAUCAUUACCAGCACUAUCGCAUUCGACAGCAUCAACCAUGGAACAUACAACUGACAACAUAUCUGCCAAAGAGCAAAAGCAAAAUGAUGAUGAUGAAAGCACUGGGCGACCUGCAUUUGACCGUGAGCGUAAUAAUAAUGCUCAUAUUGAGAGCGAAUUGAAACCUGGUACUCGAAUCAUUCAUUGCAAAGUAUUACAGCUUAUCAAUCUUUCAUCCAACAAAACUCGUCAUUAUCAGGUGGAUGUGCGUAUGAAUGGUGUUAGCCAAACGAUGGUGUAUGGCACGCUGAGCAAGUCAUCCAAAAACAGUAGUUGCACUACAGAGCCAUCAUCUGUAUUCCCAAUCCACGUGUGUACUGAGGAUGAAUCAGAUGGUCCAUUUGAAUUGGAAUUCGUGGUUAGUAGACGCCAUGGACACAAGGGUAUCAUUGGAAGAAUCGCUUCAAAGAGUGCUACAGUGGUGGUGGGUGUAGGUCAUAUCUCCUCGCAUGACAUGCCUCAUUUUGCUCGAGCCGGCACACGACACGUGAAACGAUGCAAGCUUUCCAACCCAAAUAGAAUACGAGGAUGGGAUUUGGAUUUGACAUUGGAGUUGGUGUGUGAGCAAGUUGUAGGAGGUGCUGGUGGAUUAGUGCCCCAAAAUCGAGCACCAUGGACCUAUUACACAUAUGCCUCGGGGUUAUCGGAUCUAGCAGUGGAGGACGAUGACGACAGGGAAUGUGAUGCUGCGUCACUAGAGACUGCACAAGCUCAUUGCACAGCCGGAGAUUAUCUCACUUUUUAUAUCCAUGGACGAUCUUUCCCGACAUGGGAACGAUACUGGGUAGUGCUAAAGCAAGAUAGCUUGUUGCUGCAUGACUUUUCUUAUGGGGAGCAACGAGGACCUGCAUAUGAAAUCUCACUCAACGCCAUUGAGCGUGUAGCAAGACCCACAUUGGAUGAACAAGAUAGGAUUUGUUUGGGACGUACACAUGGAUUAGUACUUCAAGUGGAUCCAAAAUGGCUACAACCACCACCUGCUGCUGCUGAUAAUGAUGAUGAUGAUGAUGAGUCGCCGACAGCAAGAGUACAGCAGGAGGAGGAGGAGGCGGCCAUUGAUGAAGGUAAAAUCUUCCUCUAUGCAGACAAUGCUACCCAUGCUCUUUAUUGGCGACGUUCUCUUGCUGGCCAUGACAAAAGUGAUAAUGCUACACAUGAUUCAAUCCACACCCGAUUCUUAUGGUGA